AUGAAUAUUGUCUUCUUUGGGUUCUUCACAGGAAGUGGAGCCACUGCAGUGGUCCAAGCAGCAUAUUGUAAGCCUAGAAAGGAGAAGGUGGCCAUCAAACGCAUUAACCUGGAAAAGUGUCAAACUAGUAUGGAUGAACUCCUGAAAGAGAUCCAAGCUAUGAGCCAGUGCCACCACCCAAAUAUCGUGUCUUAUUAUACUUCCUUUGUGGUGAAGGAUGAACUGUGGCUGGUGAUGAAGCUGCUUAGUGGUGGCUCAGUGUUGGAUAUCAUCAAGCAUAUUAUCUCUCGCGGUGAGCACAAAACAGGAGUGUUGGAUGAAGCCAGCAUAGCCACCAUCCUGAAGGAAGUGUUGGAGGGUUUGGAGUACCUUCACAAAAAUGGACAGAUUCAUCGGGAUCUAAAGGCUGGAAAUAUUCUUCUUGGGGAUGAUGGUUCAGUCCAAAUCGCUGAUUUUGGGGUUAGUGCCUUUUUAGCAGCAGGAGGAGACAUGACUAGGAACAAGGUCCGUAAAACAUUUGUUGGGACGCCGUGCUGGAUGGCACCAGAAGUCAUGGAGCAGGUUCGUGGCUAUGAUUUCAAGGCAGACAUCUGGAGUUUUGGGAUAACAGCCAUCGAACUGGCCACUGGAGCUGCGCCGUAUCACAAAUACCCACCAAUGAAGGUGCUGAUGUUGACUUUGCAAAAUGACCCUCCCUGUCUGGAAACUGGCAUCACAGAUAAGGAAAUGGUGAAAAAAUAUGGCAAGUCUUUCCGGAAGAUGAUUUCACUGUGUUUGCAGAAAGAUCCAGAAAAAAGGCCAACUGCUGCUGAAUUGUUGAAGAAUAAAUUUUUCACAAAAGCCAAGAAUGAUGAGUACCUGCAGGAGAAACUACUGCAGAAGGGCCCAACAAUAACUGAUCGCUCCAAAAAGGUGCGCCGUGUGCCAGGCUCUAGCGGCCGUCUCCACAAAACAGAGGAUGGCGGAUGGGAGUGGAGCGAUGAUGAGCUGGAUGAGGAGAGUGAGGAGGGCAAAGCUGCUGUGGUAGCGCUGCGGUCACCCAGAGUGAAGGAAGGGUCCCAGAGCAUGGAGAUGUUCCCACCUCCAGAUGGCUCCACUGUGCAUUUGCAGCCACCUGGUCAAACACAUGACUUACCUGCAAAUGCGAGCCAGCCAGUGGAGGAUUUUGCACCACAGGCUCCCAUGGACAGCCCUUUACGUCUGCCCGUUCCUCAGAAUCCAUCAGCAGAUAAUGCCAGUGUUCCCAUCAGCCUUGUUUUGAGGCUCAGGAAUCUCAAGAAGGAACUAAAUGACAUCCGAUUUGAGUUCAUGCCCGGCAGAGAUUCUGCUGACGGAGUGUCUCAGGAGUUGGUCUCAGCAGGUUUGGUUGAUGGGAGGGACUUAGUCAUUGUUGCUGCCAAUUUGCAAAAGAUUGUUGAUGAACCUCAUAGCAACAAAAAUGUGACCUUUAAACUGGCGUCUGGUGUGGAGGAGUCUGAAAUUCCUGAUGAUAUUAAGCUGAUUGGAUUCGCACAGCUCAGCAUAAGUUAAAUCAAGUUUUGAGUGUGCAACAAGGACUGCAAGAAACGAUUUUGCACAGCUGCGUUAUUGGCAAGAAAGCACUGCUGCCAAAGCGAGGACGAGGAGACAUGAAGCUGGCAGGAGUGCGACGCUACUGCAGGAUGCAUGUGUGCGGCUGCACUGAGGAGGGGCUCCGCUCAAAACAGGAAUCACAUUUGACAUGUUUACAGUGCACUCAUAAACAAAAGUGAUGCAAUCAACGACAUCAACUCAUCAACUUUUUCUUUCUCUGCAUUCACGAGCACUAUCCAGACCAUCUGUUGCUAGGACUGAUGAUUGCCUUUUUUUUUUUUCCCUUAUUUUUUUUCCUUUUUAAAUCAACUGUGCCACAGAACUCAUAAGUGUCAUGCCACCUGUUUGUGGUGCUUCAUGCUACACUGAGUUGAAAGUUUCAGCCUUAGGAAUAAUUUUAUCAGUGUAAACUUUAAGUCCAUUCCAUUGGGGAAUAUUGGUUGUUUUCGUUGUAUAUUUCAGAAAUAAGAUAAGGUCCCUCUUAAAUUGAGCCAAAUAACACAUUGCAUCAUAGAUUUAGCUUAGUUAUCUGUCAAUUAAGUUUAGAAAAACUAAAAAAAAAAAAAAAAACUUCACAAAAUUCCUCUGUGAAGCUGCUUAAGCAAUGUGAUGAAUUCUUUCACAGUGUCGGAAUGCAGUGGUUUUCUUCAGAUGUAACCAAAGAUUUUAUGUUCUAAGAUCAAAUAGAUAAAA